GCGGGCCGGGACUGAGUUUCGGAGCCCUCGGCGGCCGUUGCUAAGUCGGAGAGAAAGGCGCGAUGGAGGCCGUGGCGACCGCGGCGGCGGCGUCGGGACCGGAUGAGGGCUGCACGGAGCCCAGACCUGGGCACUGGGGGGAGCUGAGCCCCCAAAAGAAGACGGAAGCAGUGGAGGGCGAGUCAGGGAGCGUGGAGAGUGACACCCCUGCAGCCGAGCACCCGGCAGUGAGUGCCAUGCUGCGUGCCGUGGCUGCCAGCCCCCUGCCCGUGUGUAGCCAGCAGCAGGGCGAGCCUGACCUGACUGAGCGGGAGAAGGUUGCCAUCCUGCGGCAGCUGUACCAUGAGAAGCCACUUGUGUUCCUGGAACGCUUCCGCACCGGGCUCCGUGAGGAACACCUGACCUGCUUUAGCCACCUGCGUGGGGAUCACCGUGCAGACUUCUACUGUGCCGAAGUGGCCCGGCAGGGCAGUGCCCGGCCCCGUACCCUGCGUACCCGCCUGCGGAACCGGCGCUACGCUGCCCUGCGUGAGCUCAUCCAAGCGGGGGAGUACUUCAGCGACGAGCAGAUGCGGCUCCGGGCCCCACUGCUGUACGAGCAGUACAUCGGGCAGUACCUCAGCCAGGAAGAACUCAGCGCCCGUGCCCCAAUCCAGCCCCCCAAGCCCGGCGCCCCCGGCACUCCUGCCUGCCCGCUCUCCGAUCUGCUGCUCCAGUCCUACCAGGAGCGGGAGCUGCAGCAGCGACUGCUCCAGCAGCAGGAGGAAGAGGAGGCCUGCUUGGAGGAGGAGGAAGAGGAGGAGGACAGUGAUGAGGAAGAUGAGCGGUCUGGCAAAGACUCGGAGGCCUGGGUCCCUGACUCGGAGGAGAGGCUGAUCCUGCGGGAGGAGUUCACCAGCCGCAUGCACCAGCGCUUCCUGGAUGGCAAAGAUGGCGACUUUGACUACAGCACCGUGGAUGACAACCCUGACCUGGACAACCUGGACAUUGUGGCCCGGGACGAGGAGGAGCGCUAUUUUGACGAGGAGGAGCCUGAGGAUGCCCCCAGCCCCGAACCAGACGGCGACUGAUAGCUACCACCCUCCCCUGCCCAGCAGAGCCACUGCUGCGGGCCAGGCCCGGUGACUACAGGGGAGCCAGCGCUCCCAUCUGCUGGUGCCUCUGAUCUGGCCCACCCCUUCUGUUUCUGGAUCCCCUUCUCUCCUUCCUCCCCUCUCCCAGGCUGUGUGUGUGUGUGUCUCCCCUUUUGUCCCUCUCUGUCUUGGGCCCAUUGUGCAAGACCUCCCCAUGACAGCCAGCAUGGCUCUUCGGGGCGUGUCCGUGUCACUGCCAGUUUCAUCUCUUGGCCCAUGCUUCCUGCCCGUGGUUUCCGUUUUUCCCCAGUCACGGUGUCUUUCCCUUAUCUCCCCCCACCCCAAGCCCUCUGCUCCCCCAGCCCUGGCUGUCAGGGCACAGGCCUGGCACAUGCCCUUGUCUCCCUCAGGACCCAGGCUGGUAAGAAGUUGGGCAGGCCUGGGGGGGCCUGCCAGCUUGGGAGGGAGGGGAGAGUCCCCCUUCCCAGCCCCAGCAGCCCCACUCUGCCCAGCCACAAUUUUCC